AUGUACAUAUACGGUACAAUAUUCUCCGAGGGAGAUACUACGUACCGUGCGUGUACUCUUGACCGAAGGAAGGAGCCCUUGCCGCCUGACGAUGCACGAUCGGAUCGAAGUUUGCAUGCGCAGCACACCGUCCAAGUGAAUGCGUCCUUGUCUCCCCUCCUCCAUCACCCUGGCGCGUCGACUUUCAAGCAAAUUCACAAUGGCCUUUGGAACUCUAUACACAGUCGCGGUAAGUCUCGCCGAACCCGUGCUCACGAGCAUCCCCACCGUAAUCCUACCAGCAGCAGCUCAUUCUCCUCGGUCAAACGAGAAAAGGACGACAACCCCCGCUCCAUCGGCAUCAAGGUCGCCGCCGCAGCGAGCAAGCUUGACCUCGAGUUUGAGUACAUCGAUCUCGGCAAGCCCACGAAGCGACAUUUGGACGCCAACGGCUUGGGCAAGUUUCCGGCCUUUGUUGGAACCGAUGGGUUUGCGCUAUCCGAGUGCAUCGCCAUUGCCAUCUACAUUGCAUCUCAGCGCGAGGACACGCCUCUGCUCGGCAAGACGAGGCAAGACUAUGCGUCCAUCGUACGGUGGAUGUCCUUCUUCAACUACGACAUCGCCCCUGCCCUGACCGGCUGGUUCCAGCCCCUCGUCGGCUGGAUGCCCUACCACAAGGCCUCCGUCGACGCGAGCUCCAACGCUGUCCUGCGUGCCGUCCGCACCGUCGACACCCACCUGACGGAUCGAACUUAUCUCGUCGGCGACCGCAUCACCCUCGCCGACUACGUCUGCGCCGGCUUGCUGCUACGGGGCUUCCAGCACUUCUUUGACAGAAAGUGGCGCCAAGAGAACCCAAAUGUCACCCGCUGGUACGAGACCAUCACCAACCAGCCAGACUUCUUGGCCGCCGCGAAGAAGGUGGACUUCCUUGAUAGGCGCUUGCUCUUCAAGCCUCCCUCGCAGCGGGACUGA